AGAUAAAAACGCGUCGGUUGAGCGGUAAUGUGAACAUUCAUUUCUGAAAUAUCGUUGGUGCUACGUAGAUUUUGUGCUCAAAACUCAGGUGAACAAAGUCGAUCAAGGAUGAAAUCAAUUAUCGCCCUGCUGAUGGUUAUUGCCGUCGUACUCUCGACAACGGUCGUGGCGGAGGAUGAUGAAUACAUUCACCUGCCAGGGAAAAACUGUGAAGAUGCACCGUCUUGUCCCGAUGGCAGACCCUGCGUGAUGGCACCACCUCAUUGUAAUAGUGGCACUUGUGGCACAGAUCCGGUACCGACAUGUGGACCAAAACCCUCAAAAUCCUAAACUCGCGAGCCAGAAGGGAGAACUUAUACUGCAUCUUCAGUUCUCUAUGCUGUAUUCUUUCGCUUGUAAUUAAUAAAAAAUAUUGAAAAUCGAAAUGUUGAUAGACAGUCACUGGGCGCUUAAGCGGUCCUUAUAUAGACGAUCAAUAUUAUUGCACAAUGUUAAACACAGAAUAAUACACGCUAUACGUAAAUAA